CCUUUCCAACCAAACUCCCAGGAUUCAGGUUCAUUCAGCCAUAUAAAAGCCUCACCUACAAUGCCGGGUAACCCCAGAAACGAAAAGCCUAGCCGAGAUUGAACGCGUCCUUGCACAGAUGAUAUUUCCAGAAAAACACGGGACCGGUCGGCAAAUUGAUGUGUGUCCUCCCCGAAGAGAAAAAAAAAAAAAAAAGCGCCCCAUCGUGAAACCCGGGUUAGAACUAUCUACUGGCUGCCAACAUCCCACGAACCUCCCCCAACGGGGGCCAACGCGCUCCCGGCGUGCGACCUCACCACCAACCCCCCCGCCCCGCUCCGAACGGUUACCGAAGGCGAAUGGAGGUGCGUGUACACAGUGGUGCCGUGUUCUGCAUCAGGCCGCGCGCGCGGCUCAGCUGUGCCCACAGUGCGAAGAAUUACUUCGACUCGAGUCCCCCCGCAGCACGCGAGAGAGAGAGCACCACCUGCGAGUUCCGCGCCAACAAACCACUCGCAGUUCACACGGACACGGACACGGAUCGGCUUACCAUAGGUUUCAAAAAUAGUUUGUUUUGGGGCAUCCGAAAGCAAGUUGCGCCGCCGAACGGCUGACGUUUGCGUUGCGUUGCGUUGCGUUGCGUUGCGUACCCCGAGCGUCGUUGGUUGGGAGGGGGGAGGGGGAAGGGGAGUGUGAGGCUGUGCGGAUUAAUAUAUUUGGCAAACCCCUGCACGGUACGGUAACGCUUAUUGUAUACCACCCUUCACCCCCCCCCCCCCCCCCCCCC